GCAGACAAACCCGGCACAGAGAGGGUGGGGAGGUUGUUGUAACGAAAGGCGAGCGGAGGAAAAGAAAUCCGACAACCAUGGCGUGUGGAGCUACGUUAAAACGUCCUAUGGAGUUUGAGGCCCUUCUCAGUCCUCAGUCUCCAAAGCGGAGAAGGUGCAAUCCUCUCCCUGGGAGCCCCAGCACUCCGUCCCCACAAAGAUGCAGCCUCCGGCCGCAAAUGGAGACCGCAUCAGUCCCCCAGCCCAUGGGAGGGGAACAUAGGCUCACUCCAGAGCAGAUUUUUCAGAACAUUCGACAGGAGUACAGCCGCAUUCAGAGGCGUCGACAGCUGGAGGGGGCUUUCAACCAAAGCGAAGCUGGAAGUUCGACCGAGGGGCGUAGCCCCACCCCCACCCCCACGCUCAGCUCCCCCAGCUCGCCCUCAGGUGCCUCAUCAGUGAAGAAGGACCAGCCAUCGUUCACGCUGCGGCAGGUUGGCUACCUCUGUGAGCGCCUCCUCAAAGACCACGAGGAGAAGAUCCGCGAGGAGUACGAGCAGAUACUGAACACAAAACUUGCAGAACAAUACGAAUCCUUUGUGAAGUUCACACAAGAUCAGAUCAUGCGAAGAUACGGUGCCAGGCCUGCUAGCUAUGUGUCCUGAAGAAGUUGAUCGAUGGGUACCAGCGUCCUCGUAAUCGAAUGGUUGCUGCUGUACCACCCCGCCCCCUUUACUUUAUUUUAU